AGACAAAUACUUGUUGAACUUGGAGACAGUCUAGAAAAUAUGGGUCUAAGUCUUGGACCAUUGGGAACGAUUUUGCAGCCUUUCAUCGAGACUUUCCAGGAUGUGAUGGCAUCCAUACAAGCUAUGACAGAGGCUUUAAGAGGGCUGAAGGAAGGGUAUGAAAUAUCCAAAUCCUUGAUAGACAAUGUAUUUGGGCCUAAGAUUGCAAAGAAAUUUCCAAGGAAAUAUUUGGUUUCCGAGGAAUGUGGAAAUGGGUUCUUUCCUUCAACACAGGCAGGAAAGUAUAGGGAUGAUGGUGCGCAACUUCAAGUAGAUGUCAGUUCGACACUAUAUGUUCCUUUUUCUGGGAUUCUGCGCAUAACUGGAAAUAACGAGGUGACCAUCCAGGUCGAAGAGAUGAAAGACACAGAGCUUAUACUAGUCAACGUUAGAGUGGACGAAAUAAAAGAUAACACAAUGGUUUACAAAGAUGAACCUCUUGGAACUGUUGUUCAAACAUCACAUUGUCCAGAAGGUCAUAUCCACUUUGCUCUCAAAAAGAUAGGAAGAGAUGAUAUAAUAAACCCAACGCGUUACUUCGAGAAGCGAAAAAUGGAGAGACCACGUUGGGUUCAAAAAUGCGAUGACUACGAAUUAGUAUGGCUUAACGAAGUGAUAUCAGAGGGCUCACUUACGAAAGGUCCGAAAGAUGUUGAUACAACCCCCGAUCAGGAAACUGUUCCAGCAUCUGAUAUGCCAGAUACCAUGUUAAUGCAAGAGUUUCAACAGAAGAGCGAAGGGUGGCCGAGCAAUAUUCUUGAUACAACUAAAAUUGGUAAAUCAGCAAAAUCCCUCAUGGAGAACAUGGGUGCACCGAAGAUCAGCGAGUUUGGUCCGCAUCUGCUCAGUUUCAGUGUUAAAAGCUUAAAAUUGGACAAAGUGAUGACGUUUCUUCAAAACUCAAAUAACAUGGUCAUGGCAGAGAGGAUAUAUACACUUAUUGAAGACAUGCAGUAUCUUUGAU